CUAAUACAAUGUAUGCUUUCAGUGAUUUUGACGUGUUAAACUGAUAUACGCUAAGUUUGUUGGACCUUUCUAAUGCGAUUGUACGGUGUAUCCAGCCUUACUGUGCCACCAUCUCUGCACUCUGGCGCUAAACGUUUCUCAUAAAGAAUCAAAAGCCACUUCUUCCUCUUCUCAUCUAAAUAUAUCUAGUCCCAACUUCACUUCCAUACCCAAGAUUUUAGAAUCAGCAGAAAGGCCUUAAACUUUUUUUUUCCUUUUUUGGGUUAUUAGUGGUUUGCUCUGAUUGAGAAAAUGUGGGCAGUGAGGUCCUUGGCCUCAGGUUUUCUGAGAAAGCAGAGGCAGAGCGCUGCUGCUUUCUCCACUUCCUCAUUCUUUGAUGAUUCACGCAAACAGUUUAAAGAAGGUGUGGCACGUUUUGCUCAAGAAAAUAUUGCUCCUUGUGCAUCAAAAAUAGACACAACAAAUUAUUUUCCAGAGGAGGUUAACUUAUGGAAACUAAUGGGAGAUUUUGGUCUCCAUGGAAUAACAGUUCCAGAGGAAUAUGGAGGACUUGGCCUUGGCUAUCUGGAACACUGCAUAGCUAUGGAGGAAAUUAGUCGGGCAUCUGGUUCUGUUGGGCUUUCGUAUGGCGCCCACUCCAACCUUUGUAUCAAUCAGUUGGUGAGGAAUGGGAACCCUACUCAGAAGCAAAAGUACCUGCCAAAGGUUAAUAUUUCUUCAGUUCAUGGGGCCUCUUUGUCCCUAUGA